AUGUUUCUCAUGGGAGGGCGGGAAGCGGGGGGCGCCAUUACUGCUGUAGACGACGAGAACAGAAGAGACCAGCGCUGUAUCGGCUUUGCACUGAGUUUCGGGACGCACUCGAGCCAGCACUUGCUGGAAGCCCCGGGGCGUCGGCGACAAUAUUGGCGGCGCUGCAAAAUUUGGGACGGACUAUCAAGGAGCUUGAUGUGCCUGCCUAAUGGAUUGGAAGGAGGAACUGUCUGCACGAAGCGUGAGAGACUUGUUGUGCAGCGGCCUGAACCCACCUGUACAGUCAAAUUGGGCCUGCGAACGGGCCGACCUGUUCAGUCAUUCAGCUCCCACUUCGGGAAACCGCACUGCAUCGACACUACAAGUUCGCGCCCAGGCCUCGAAGUGGGUCGAAUCGAUCAUGACGCGACUAUGUCUCCCAAACCCAGCAGCGUAGCAGCUUUGCCGCACUUUCUUCAAGCACAAGUUGCGAAUUGUCUCGGACGUUCGACGCGCGGGUCUUUGAUUGAAUACAUGAAACCUAGUGCUGAGCUGCCAAGCUGCCAAGCUCGACACCUGGUGCCCGGCUCAUCGGCUCAGCUGCGACACCUGGUGCUGCUUGUCGCACCUGUGAGAGGGGUGUCGGGUGUCACGUUCGAGGCACAACUUGCCAGGCCAGAUGAAAUGCGACACCUGGCACCCGAAAAGCGCGAAAAUCAAAGGAUCGCUGGUUUCACCCACAGUGAACGACUUCGUGCUGAAGCGGAGAUUUCACCUGUUAAGCUAGCAUUUACCCAAGUGGCUCCCCAUUCCGCUGUGGUCAGCGUAUCCGGUCCGCCUGGUGCCGGCGGUCGGUUGCGCGGUGCUGUUUACGAAAGCAGCUGCAAAUUCGAGAAAACGAAGCACCUGGAACAGCUACCACCUAUCGCUCAUCUCAAACUGCUCUGCUUCACCCAAAACAGUGCGCCGGCAGCUCAUCGCCUCCUCAACGAGGCUUCUCCGGGAGACUCGAGGUUAAGGUCAUUAAAGCCCGUCAUUCAUCCGGCCAAUAACCUCCGCAUAGCAGAAGUCACCAAUCUCGUGGGAUUGCAGCGCGACAUCCACUUCUCUGACCACGAAUGUCGCAAGAAGUCACAGCAGGAGUACCAAUCUCGCGGUAGACAUUCUUGUUACCAAUUCCAUGGCGUUGGCAAUGCCGACUGUGCAUGCUCUCUGCAACCGAGAAGGAUUCGCUGCUCGACAGGCGCGACAAUUGCGCCAAUCUGGGUUGUUGCGCAUGAUCAACUCGAGCGUCCGAUUGGUGCAUUGAAUGCCUUCCCAAAGAACUUUCGUGGAAUUGCUGGAUGGCUCGAAGGUUUUUUGAAGGUGGGCAUGUGGAACCGCUUGCUGAUGUGGUGUCGGUCGUCGCGAAUCUCACGGUCCGCUGGACAUGCCUUGCUGGCACGCAUCCAGUGUGACACGGAACCCUCUUCCAGAUGCUCCUUGGCGCCCAUCAAUUCCUGCUCUUACGCUUGCUCAGAUAUGCGGUCUCUCGCCGAUUCCAUGUCGCUCCGAUCUCGCUUGGUUGGGUUCUCCGCUGGCGCCGGCUGUGGAGGUGGUUUCGGUGUUGUAACCCCUUGCCCUUUUCUUGGUCUUGUCCUCAACAGCUUCGUUGGCCACGCCUUCGGAUUCAUAUCCGCUGUCUUCACACUUCGUGGCGAAGCUUGUCACGAUAUCCAAAUUCUCUUGCUUCAAACUCGUGCGUUCUUGAUGCUGAAGCCGAGGGUCAUCGACGUAGGAAGGAAGAUCUUGCGUUCGGAGUGUGGGCCCUGUCAGGCGCGAGAGCGAGAUGUUGAGAUCUGCGAGAUCGCACGUCCAGUCAGUCGUCGGAUGUUUCAUCGGUCUAUGCGCAUGCGAACAGAAUGUUUCUCCCUUGUAUCUCGUCGUGCUUUUGGACUUGAGAGCGGGCCGCGAUCUGAAGCUUAUUCUAGCACAUCUGCGCGCGUCUCUCUGAAUACCAUACCACAAUCAUACCACAAUACCAACACUAUUCGCUUCGCUUCGCCUACGGUCAACUCACCCUGCAACAUCGAAAUCUGCACACACGUUGCUCCCGACCGAGCUCGCUCGUCGCGAUCUUCAUGCAUCACCGGCGAAAGACCAUACACGAAGCAGACCACGAUGACGAUCAUCACAAUAGUUGGAAGUAGUUGGGAAGGGAUGCUUCGUGUUCUCAUUGUGCUUGCGCGUUCUUCACGAUCUCUCGCUCCAAGCUGCCACGGAAGGCCGGAAGGGAUACCUCCACAUGCUGAACCAGGACAAGCAAUGGCAUCGGAUGCGCAUCGAGCUUUGCCAAACUGUCGUGCCAAGAUCAUCACGCCAGAUGCCCACCAACUUCAGCAACCUCCAGCAGCACCUGCAGACUCGAGUCCUCGCGACAGUGCGAUCGAUGCCUCCGCCAGCCACUCUCCGAGCGCAUCACUCGCAGAGGCACUACCAGCAGCUCCAGCAGCGCCAGCAGCGCCAGCAGCGCCACAAGCCUUCGAGUCUUCAGAGCGAAACCCGCCACCACCGAACGACGAUGACGACCUAUUCGGCCGAGCCGAUCAAGAUGGUACGAACGACUCCAUCGCCGACCAUGACACUGAGGGCGUUACAUGUAGGAGCGAGAGGCGACCGCAGAAGGCGAGGACAGCGAGCGUGAGACACCAGGAGCAGGUGUCCAACGCCCUUGACGUUCAUCCCGCGUUCAACGAAUCGCUGUUCAACAUGCCGGAAUCUACACAACAUCUAUACCGGAACAAAACCAAGCUCAUUCCUCAACACAGACUGAAAUCCUUCCUGUCCACCUAUUGCCACUGCAGACCUCAUCUCCUUCCCCCAUCCUGUGAGCGGAAAUGGUCGGAGGUCUUGUCCAAGACUCGGACGACCUCGGCCGUCUCCUUCAGCACUAAGGGCUCCGUGUGCUUACCCGGCGUGCUAGAGCGCUACUUCUCCGAGGCUCAACUUUUCGAAGCACUUCCUCAGAGCAGCUCGGCACAAAUCGUUGGAAUCCAGGGCCACUGUACGUCUGAAGCUUGGUACAUUCGUUCAUGGCUCCCUCUUGAGCUGGAAACAAGAUUGCCCGAGUUCAGGUGA